CCGAGCUUGGACUCAAAAACCCCUUUGUAAUUGCUGGUCAUAUCUUCUCGGAUCCUUCUCGCCUUUUACCUUUCUACCACCACCCACUCUUCACGAUCAUGAUUGCUAAAGCCGUUGCAUUUGGUGCGCUCAUUGCCGGAGCUGGUCUCGCGUCUGCUCAAUCUCUUUCUUCCCACUGCCUGACCACGCUCGAGACCAUCGUCGCCAACAAGGAUGCGGCUUCGUGCUUGAAUGCGGGGGCGCUAAUUGGGCUCUUCACCACGAGCGCGAAUGAAUCGCUCGUUGAACCUAUUGACAAGUGGGUGACCGGCAUGUGCAGCGAUGCACAGUGCAGCAACAGCACGCUCAACGCAAUCGUCACGAACGUCACGAGCGGGUGCUCGAGCGACCUCCAAGGCAUCGGUCUUUCUGGCUUGGAUGCCUCCAGCAUUUCAAGCAUCGUGCAGCAGGCGUACCCCACCGUUAGGCAGAUCGCCUGUCUGAAGGAGUAUAACAACACGAUGUGUGUCACUGAGGAGCUCACGAACCUCCAGACGGUCGUGGGCACACUCAGCGUCAACAACAUCAUCUCGUCAAUCAGUGGCAUCGUCGCCAAUGCCGCCAGCAUCCCGAAGAACGACACCUGCACGCCGUGCGCCAAGGCGGCUUACAGCGUCGCGGAGAAAAACUUCCCCUCGCUCGUCGGCAGCACCCAGUCCACCCUCCAGUCGCAGUGCGGCUUUGAUUUCACCGAUGGGACCAUGCCUUCCAACGUCGAGGUGACUGCCUCCUCUGCGAGCGCCUCGUCCACCAAGAGCGCUGCGUCCGCGCUCGUCGUGCCGAAGGCUGGGCUCAUGGGCGCUGCUGUGUCCGGCGUGGUCGCCGUUGCCUUCGCCCUCGCGGUUCUUGCGUGA